CAAUGGCACCCAAAAUCAUGUUACUGAUCACUUUGUCAGUUGCGUCAGUCGUGCUAGUCUCCACUGCAUCCCCACCGUUCCAAGAACGCAAAGCCAUAGUCGUUCUCAAGGGACCCGGCCAAGUGAGCGGUAACGUGACAUUUAUCCAGGCUAAUCGUGGUGGCCCGGUCACGAUAACUGGAGUGGUGUCUGGUCUUACUGAAGGACCGCAUGGUUUCCACGUUCACGAGAAGGGAGACGUGACCAACGGAUGUAUAUCCACCGGAUCGCACUUCAACCCACAAGGGAACAAACACGGUGGACCCAAUGACGAGACCAGACACGCUGGAGACUUGGGCAACAUCCAAGCUGACAACACGGGGGUGGCGCAGUUCUCUUAUUCGGACUCACUCAUCUCGCUGGUCGGCGCCCACAACAUCCUGGGUCGCGCUGUGGUCGUGCAUGCUGACACUGAUGACAUGGGCCGCGGAGGGUUCACCGACAGCCUGACCACCGGACACGCAGGUUCCAGAGUUGCAUGCGGAGUCAUCGGAAUCCUUGAUCCGAUCACGCCGUGGGACAAGUCAGCGGGUCACCAAAGUCCGUCCACAUCGCAUGUCUUGUUGCUGACCAUCGUGGCCGUGAUAGCGUCUAUGUUGGCCGCCAACUCGUUUUAAACACCCACACGCCGAUUAUGUCCACCUGCACUUCCACCACUACACCUCCGCUGACGCGAAAAACUCCUAUCACGUGGAGGUUCUCUUUUUUUUCUUAAAAAUACGAAAGUUUUUAGGUAUUUUUUUUUGUACAAAUCUGUGCUAUUGAGCAUUUCUUUAACUCGCGGUAAAUUUAUUAAGGAAACCGCAACUAUAUAAGCACGAUAAUAUAAUAUUAUACAUUCAUCAACAGUGGUUAAUACAGACUUAACCCGCAGUAACCAUAUAGGUAUACGUCACGACUUUAUAUUUAGGUAUUUUGGUUGGCGAGUACCUAAAAUAUAUCAGUAUUUGUUUAAUUAUCCUCCUCUCGAGUGCUCACAGAUGCAGACAAAAAUUAAUGACAAUAUUAUUAUAAUUAUAUCACAAAAGUAAAAUCUGAAAUUAUGUUUCACAGGCGUUACCAUAAGGAGUGGGAGAGUUGUUAUGGGCUAUGUCCUACCCAGUUUCGAUUUAAGUCUCCCUUCACAUAAAUAUGAUUUAUAAUAAUUAUAUAAUACUUUACGAGGCUUUAAAAACAAAUUAAAGUUGAUUUUUUUUUUUUUUGAAAACCCAUUAUCAUCAUUAAGGUCUUACUUAACCACACCUCCUCAAAAAAAAAAACAAAAACAAAUGCUGACCUAGUUUGGCCUAAGAGGUAUAUCGUAAG